AUGGCUCUUCUGCUGGGGUUAUUCAUUCUGGUUACUCUUGCUGUGCGCCGCUCAUUCUUGUCUUCUCGCCCUGAGGCCUUUGCGCCAGCUCAUGGAACCGAUCUGCGGAUCCAUGAUCCCAGUAUCCUGAAAGUGGGCGAUACCUACUAUUCGUACGGCGUCGGCAAGUACCUAGCCAUCCACCAAGCCUCGAGCCUUGAUGGCCCCUGGGAACAAACCGGGACCGUGCUGGGAAAAGACAGCGUCAUUCCUAAGGGCGACCGCAAUGCCCCAUGGGCCCCGACGACCAUCGAAUUUGACGGAACGUUUUAUUGCUACUACUCCGUCAGUUACGCCGGAUGCCGCAACAGCGCCAUCGGGGUCGCCACCUCCAAAUCGCCGGGCCCCGGAGAUUGGACCGACCACGGCAGUAUCGUGCAAUCCGGCAAGGGGCGCGGAUCAGCCAAAUACCCUUACACUGUGUCCAACGCGAUCGAUCCCAGUGUUUUGGUUACCGACGACGGUCAAGGUUACUUGACCUGGGGCAGCUAUUGGACCGGCCUUUGGCAGGAGCCCUUGUCGAAGGACCUGCUUUCCGUCGUCAGCGGCGAGCAAUCCGAGGCGCGCCAUCUGGCCCACGAGCCACGCGCCAUCUUCCCCGGGCGGAGGAACCCCAAGAAUCAACUGUGCGGAGACCCCACGGGCGGCCAUCCGGUCGAAGGCGGCUUCAUCUCCUAUCACGCGCCAUACUACUAUCUCUGGUUCAGCUGGGGAAAGUGCUGCAAAUACAACCCCGAGAAUCUGCCGAAGCCGGGAAUGGAAUAUCAGAUUCGAGUCGGGCGGUCGGUUUCGCCGCGUGGGCCUUUCGUCGAUCGGACGGACCGGGAUCUGGUCGACGGUGGAGGCGAGGUCGUGUACGGUUCGAAUCGAGAAGUGUACGCUCCCGGGGGCCAGGGGGUCCUGACGGAGGAUGGGACGGAUAUCCUGUAUUAUCACUACUUGAACACGACGAUUGGAUAUGGCUUCUGGGAGGCUCGACUUGGUUAUAACCCCCUGGAAUAUGUGGACGGCUGGCCCGUUGCCGCAUAG